AUGAGUUUUUUUGCAAGAUCAUUCACACAAAUUAUAGGACAUUCAAGAAGAACAACCAGCUCUAUCUUGAAACCGUCUUAUUAUAAAUUAUUAAAUUUUCGUUCAAUUUCUACAGGACAAUCUCAACAAAGUGAGGAAAAACAACAACAAAAUAAAUAUGAAUAUUUAUUAGUCAAUAUCAAAGGAAAAAAUUCAAAUGUAGCACUUGUUCAACUUAAUCGACCUAAAACAUUUAAUUGUUUAUGUAAUGGUCUCAUGAAAGAAUUAGCUACAGUAUUACAGUCACUGGAUCAGGAUGAAAAGAUCGGUUGUAUUGUUCUUACUGGUAGUACACGUGCAUUUGCUGCUGGUGCUGAUAUCAAAGAAAUGGAAAAUCAAACAUUGACACAAGUUCUUAAGUCAGAUUUCCCUAAUCAAUUAUCAGCAGCAUCACGAAUAAAAAAACCUAUUAUUGCUGCUGUCAAUGGUUUAGCAUUAGGUGGUGGUUGUGAACUAUCAAUGAUGUGCGACAUAAUCUAUGCUGGUGAUAAAGCAGAAUUUGCUCAACCAGAGCUCACUAUUGGUACUAUGCCUGGAGCGGGCGCCACUCAGCGUUUACCUCGUUCUAUAGGUAAAUCGAAAGCAAUGGAAAUAAUAUUGACAGGCAAUCGAAUUAGUGCACAAGAAGCUGAAAAAAUAGGUUUAGUUAGUGCUGUCUUUCCCGCUGAAAAACUUGUUGAAGAAGCUAUUAAAACAGCUGAAAAAAUAGCUAGUCAUUCGAAAAUUAUUACACAAUUAGUUAAAGAAGCGGUCAAUGCUGCCUUUGAAACAACGUUGACAGAAGGAAACCGAUUUGAAAAAUGUCUUUCGCAUGCAACGUUUGGUUUGGCCGAUCAAAAAGAAGGCAUGACUGCAUUUGUAGAAAAACGUAAACCUAAUUUUACCGAUCAAUAA